AUGACAGCAAGUGCCAGAGAAGCGGGCAGGAUAUUCCAGAUCGGGGGAAGGGCUAAGAUUGAAGAGAUUGUCGAAAGUGGCUCACAUGAGGAGGCUGCAAAGCUGUUACGCUCAGACCGUAAUCCACUUCAACGACUGAAACGUCUACUCGAGGUUUUACAACUGCAGGACGUACCGAGAUACGGGGAUCUUAUGGAUGAAACCUCGGAAGUGGUGCAAGCUGUUCAAUACUACAACCUACGCAUACACACAACAUACAAGGCAGCUGGAGAGCUAGCGCCUAAUCCUGCACUUGUGCCUUUCCCUCAACAGGCCUUACAUCUGCUCACCCCAGCAAUCCACCAUACGCUAGUUUGCCUGUCACUCAAUCAUUUUAUCCAUACCUCACCGUUGGGAACCGACCGCGCAGUGCUAGCCCCUAAUCGGUGGAAGGUAUAUCACCACCGUGGAGCAGCUUUGCGGGCAUUAAGCCAACACAUUGGCCAAGACAAGACAAGAUGUUCAGAUAUGACAAUCACUACCAUUCUCAUGUUCAUGUGCUUGGAGCUCCAGAAUCCUAGCUUUGCCGACUGGCGCUCGCAUGUGAAUGGCAUGAAGCGAAUAGUCGACCUAAGAGGUGGGCCGAAGAAGCUCAUGAAGGAAGCGCCGCACUUGGUACCGUCGUUGGUACUUUACCUGCUUAUUGUGUCCGUGGCCAACACGUGCAGUCCGUCGUGGGACCAAGUUGAGAUCAACAGCACUGCAGAUGAUGUGAUCGAGGACAUCACCAGUAUCUACAGUCUCAUCUUUCCGUACACGCUUUGUCCACCCGAGCUGUUCACCGAGAUGCUGCAUAUAAACCGACUGCGGGCCAAGGCAUCUGCGGCAGUCUUGCAGUGCGAUUUCGAUGUAGACCACACAUUGAAGGCCUAUGAUCUGCUUGCUCGCAUCGAGGCCUUCUCGGUUGAAGAUUGGGCACAACCCGGCACCUUUUACAAUGAAUGGUUGAUUGUUGGCACAGUGUACAAGUCGGCCCUCACACUGUACGCCAUCUUAUCCUUGGGCUCGCUCACUGUCCUCCCAGCAGAUGCUUCACUGCUUGACAUUCAAACAGGUCACGGCGAUGUCCUACUCAGCAACCUGCGCACAGCACUCAAGGAUCCGCGUGUAGCUAGAUUCAUGGCAUGGCCGCUGGUGGUGGCGGGUGUAGAAGCUAUAUACCGUGGAGAGGCGACAAGGGACUGGAUCGGAGCAAGUUUGGAGGAGUUGAGCAGGACGCUAGGCACGAGUGGUCCGAUCAAGGCGUGUUCGGUAUUGAGGAGGUAUUGGAAGGGCGGGGUUUCAGGGUGGGAUGAGUGUUUCGAUCGGCCGUAUGUGUUUGUCAUGUAG